AUGUCGACCUCGGAAGCAGAGUUGAGGCAAAUCGAGGUACGCAAUAGCUACCGUCGCGUGCUGCAAGCCACCAUGGAGAUCAUCGAUAAUGCCGAAUCCGACGUGUGCGAGAAGGCAAGAAUUCUGCGACAACCCUUGUCCUUGGAUGAGAAAUCCAACUGCAAACCAUCCUUUUUUGGUCGGUACGAAGGGGGACUUGAGGAUUUGACGGACUCUGAGCGCCCAAACAGGGCGUAUAAUCCAGCCUUGGAGAAUUAUCGAAAUGUACGAUAUAGCUGGGGCAGUAUCAACUGGAUCUCUUCUAAACGGGAUUCUACUGGAAAGCUUCGGGCAUCGCCCUGCCUUUGA